AUGCUCGGCCGCGAUGAGCUCCCUCACCCCUUACCGCUUACCGUGAAUCUCAUCUACGACGUCGACGACGCGGCGGUGGCGAAACACGUGCCCUGCGCGCAUCUCGCGGCGCACGGGAUUUGUCAUCGCAAAGGGCGCGUCGGUGCGCGGAAUCCUUCGACGGCGACUUCCGAACGAAACGAUUCCCCUCCUCCCCCGCCGUCGCCUUCGGAGGUCGGGGGGAUUCCGAGUCUUCGUUGGGUGAAGCCGCGGACAAGCCGAUCGGCGCGGUUCGGCGCGUCACGCGGGGGAUCGGCGAGGAGGGAGUUGCCCACCCUCCAGGAGGCUCCCCUUCGCGUGCUGGAGCCUUCUUUUGCGUUGGUGGAGCCUCGGGUGCGGGGGAAUCCGAUGAUCGGGAGUACGAUCAGUCGGGAAAAGCGGGAGCGACGCUUCGCCGGCGCCCACGCCGAAUCGGAAAGCGAAACCGCAGGAGUGGGAGGGGUAGGAGGAGGAGCAGGAGGACCCCUUGGAGUUCAUUCCCCUUCGCGAUUUGGGAGUUACCGUCCGAGCGUGACGCCCGCGGGGCAACGGGGCAGCCACGCCCCCGCGGUGGAUGAUAUGUUCAGCCUUAUCACUCCCAAGGUGAAGUCGAUUCCGCAGUUUGAUAAGCAGGUGCCGCGGGAGAGUCCGGUGAUCUCGCAUAACCGCCUAUUGUAA